AUAUUUAUAUGAAUUUAAAGAAGUUGAAAACCAUAUUAACUCUUUUAUUUUUUUUAAAAAAGAAAUUCAUUUAAUAUGAGAAAACUUAUUUCAUUUGAGCUUGAAUUGACAUCCUCCAAGGAUGAAAUAAAGAAAUUUUUUUUAUUACCCGAAAUCGACCGUUUUGGAAUCCGUUGAAUGUAUUCUAUCUAUUUUGUUGUUGUAAUUGGAAAAUGUCGAAUCCAAAGUUGUCAAGAAUACCUAGUAUGAGAGAGAGAGUUGAGGAUACUCUCUCUGCUCACCGUAAUCAGCUAGUGGCUCUCCUAUCCAGAUAUGUGGCGCAGGGGAAGGGGAUAUUGCAGCCUCAUCAUUUAAUUGAUGAGCUGAAUAAUGCUGUAUGUGAUGACACUGCUUGUGAAAAGCUGAAAGAAGGCCCCUUUUGUGAAAUCUUGAAAUCUACUCAGGAAGCCAUUGUGCUCCCACCAUUUGUUGCUAUAGCAGUUCGUCCAAGGCCAGGUGUUUGGGAAUAUGUUCGUGUGAACGUAUAUGAUCUGAGCGUUGAACAAUUGACGGUUCCUGAAUAUCUCCGUUUCAAAGAAGAACUUGUCGAUGGAGAGGAUCAUAAUCAUCUUUUUGUGCUUGAGCUGGAUUUUGAGCCAUUUAAUGCAUCAGUUCCUCGUCCCUCACGCUCUUCAUCCAUUGGAAAUGGAGUACAAUUCCUCAAUCGUCAUUUGUCCUCAAAUAUGUUUCGCAGCAACGAAUCCCUCGACCCAUUACUUGAUUUCCUUAGAGGACACAAUCAUAAAGGGAAUGUCUUGAUGUUGAAUGAACGUAUACAGCGAAUCUCCAGGCUGGAGUCGUCUCUUAAUAAGGCAGAUGAUUAUCUCUCAAAGCUACCACCAGAUACACCCUAUACUGACUUUGAAUAUGCAUUGCAGGAAAUGGGCUUUGAGAAAGGUUGGGGUGAUACUGCAAAUCGUGUUUUGGAGACUAUGCAUCUGCUUUCUGACAUUCUUCAGGCUCCUGAUCCCUCAACCUUAGAGACUUUUCUUGGUAGAUUACCAAUGGUGUUUAAUGUUGUCAUAUUAUCUCCUCAUGGAUACUUUGGUCAAGCAAAUGUCUUGGGUUUGCCGGACACUGGUGGACAGGUUGUCUAUAUACUGGAUCAAGUGCGUGCUUUGGAGGCCGAAAUGCUUCUUAGAAUAAAGCAACAAGGACUCAACUUCAAGCCUAGAAUCCUUGUUGUCACCCGACUGAUACCUGAUGCUAAAGGAACCACGUGCAACCAGCGGUUGGAGAGAAUUAGUGGAACUGAAUACUCGCAUAUUUUACGUGUCCCUUUUAGGACAGAAAAUGGAAUCCUUCAUAAAUGGAUAUCUAGGUUUGAUGUAUGGCCUUACCUGGAGAAGUUUACUGAGGACGUGGCAGGUGAAAUGUCUGCUGAGCUCCAGGGAGUGCCUGAUCUGAUUAUUGGCAACUACAGUGAUGGAAAUUUAGUUGCCUCCCUGUUAGCAUAUAAAAUGGGCAUCACACAGUGUACCAUUGCUCAUGCUUUGGAGAAAACAAAGUAUCCUGAUUCUGACAUCUAUUGGAAAAAGUUUGAGGAGAAAUAUCAUUUUUCAUGUCAGUUUACUGCUGACCUACUGUCAAUGAAUCAUUCAGAUUUCAUAAUCACUAGUACCUAUCAAGAGAUUGCAGGAACGAAGAAUACUGUUGGUCAGUACGAGAGUCAUACUGCUUUCACUCUCCCAGGCCUAUAUCGUGUUGUCCAUGGCAUUGAUGUCUUCGAUCCCAAAUUCAAUAUAGUGUCUCCUGGAGCUGACAUGACAAUUUACUUCCCAUAUUUUGACAAGGAAAAGAGACUGACAUCUUUGCAUCCCUCGAUUGAGAAGUUGUUAUUUGAUCCUGAGCAGAAUGAAGUGCAUAUAGGCAGCCUGAAUGAUCAAUCAAAACCGAUAAUUUUUUCAAUGGCAAGGCUUGACCGGGUAAAGAACAUUACCGGAUUAGUUGAGUGCUAUGCUAAAAAUGCCACACUCAGGGAACUGGCUAACCUUGUUGUAGUAGCUGGAUACAACGAUGUAAAGAAAUCCAAUGAUAGAGAAGAAAUAGCAGAAAUUGAGAAGAUGCAUGCUCUUAUGAAGGAACAUAACUUGGAUGGUCAAUUCAGAUGGAUAUCAGCCCAAAUGAACCGGGCACGUAAUGGUGAGCUCUAUCGCUAUAUAGCUGACAAGAGAGGUAUAUUUGUUCAGCCUGCGUAUUAUGAAGCGUUUGGACUGACGGUGGUUGAAGCUAUGACUUGUGGUCUUCCAACAUUUGCAACUUGUCAUGGUGGACCUAUGGAGAUCAUUCAGGACGGUGUAUCCGGGUACCAUAUAGAUCCUUAUCAUCCCAAUAAAGCUGCUGAGCUCAUGGUAGAAUUCUUCCAACGAUGCGAACAAAAUCCUACUCACUGGGAAAAUAUAUCUGCAUCUGGCCUACAAAGGAUUCUCGACAGGUAUACAUGGAAAAUUUACUCGGAGAGGCUGAUGACUUUGGCUGGUGUAUAUGGUUUCUGGAAGCUUGUUUCAAAACUCGAGAGGCGUGAAACUAGACGAUACCUCGAGAUGUUCUACAUUCUCAAGUUCCGUGAGUUGGUAAAAUCUGUUCCUCUAGCAGUUGAUGAGAAGCAGUGAGGAUUUUGCAAAGGAAUAAAUAACGUGGAGCAUACCACUCUAUCUAUGAUAAUUUUUUUUUUGUUCUUCUUGUUUGUUGUGUAGUUAAACUAAUUAAGUGCACUGAGUUUCUAAUAGAUCUCAAAUAGCUAAACGUUACUAUCUCCUAUUUUAAUAGCGCUAUACUUUAAUUUGUCAAAUACAAAUCAGUGAUCCAAUAUGCUGAAUUUAUUUAGAAUUGAAAAAGGAUGUCAUCUUCAUCUUGAUAGUCUUAAACAGGCAAGCACGGUUGAUUUUCUAUCUUAACUAUAUAACCAUUCUUUAAUUA